AUGGAGCCGGUAGCCGGUGGCUUGGGCCCGCUGAUUGUGAACAACAAGCAGCCCCAGCCGCCGCCACCUCCUCCACCGGCAGCAGCGCAGCCUCCAGCCGGGGCAUCCCGGGCCGGCGCGGGCCUCCUACCCGGGGGCAAAGCCCGAGAGUUCAACCGCAAUCAGCGCAAAGACUCGGAGGGCUAUUCUGAAUCUCCAGACCUUGAGUUUGAAUAUGCUGACACAGACAAGUGGGCUGCAGAGCUCUCAGAGCUCUACAGCUACACAGAAGGGCCAGAAUUCCUGAUGAAUCGAAAAUGCUUUGAGGAGGACUUCCGGAUCCAUGUGACAGACAAGAAGUGGCCUGAGCUGGAUACCAACCAACACCGUACCCAUGCCAUGAGGCUGCUGGAUGGUUUAGAAGUCACUGCCAGGGAAAAGAGACUCAAGGUGGCCCGAGCAAUUCUCUAUGUGGCCCAAGGCACCUUUGGGGAGUGCAGCUCAGAGGCAGAGGUGCAGUUCUGGAUGCGCUACAACAUCUUUCUGCUCCUGGAGGUGGGCACGUUCAAUGCUUUGGUGGAGCUUCUGAACAUGGAAAUAGACAACAGUGCCGCAUGCAGCAGUGCAGUGAGGAAGCCUGCCAUCUCCCUGGCUGACAGCACAGACCUGAGGGUUCUGCUCAACAUCAUGUACCUGAUUGUGGAGACUGUUCUCCAGGAGUGUGAGGGUGACAAGGCUGAGUGGAGAACGAUGCGACAGACCUUCAGAGCUGAGCUGGGCUCCCCACUGUACAACAACGAGCCAUUUGCCAUCAUGCUGUUUGGGAUGGUGACUAAAUUUUGCAGCGGCCAUGCCCCCCACUUCCCCAUGAAGAAAGUUCUCUUGCUCCUCUGGAAGACAGUAUUGUGCACGCUCGGUGGCUUUGAGGAGCUGCAGAGUAUGAAGGCUGAGAAGCGCACCCUCCUGGGCCUUCCUCCACUGCCCGAGGACAGCAUCAAAGUGAUCCGAAACAUGAGGGCUGCCUCCCCACCAGCAUCAGCGUCAGACCUGAUUGAACAGCAACAAAAACGGGGGCGCCGAGAGCACAAGGCCCUGAUAAAGCAGGAUAAUUUAGAUGCCUUCAAUGAGCGGGAUCCCUACAAGGCUGAUGACUCUCGAGAAGAGGAAGAGGAGAAUGAUGAUGAUAAUAGUCUGGAGGGGGAAACAUUUCCCCUUGAGCGUGAUGAGGUGAUGCCUCCCCCUCUACAGUACCCCCAAACCGACAGGCUUACCUGCCCAAAGGGUCUCCCAUGGGCUCCCAAGGUCAGAGAGAAAGACAUUGAGAUGUUCCUUGAGUCUAGCCGCAGCAAGUUCAUAGGUUACACUCUAGGCAGUGACACAAACACAGUGGUCGGACUGCCCAGGCCAAUCCACGAAAGCAUCAAGACUCUGAAACAGCACAAGUACACAUCAAUUGCAGAGGUCCAGGCGCAGAUGGAGGAAGAAUACCUUCGCUCUCCUCUCUCAGGGGGAGAAGAGGAAGUUGAGCAGGUCCCUGCAGAAACCCUCUACCAAGGCCUGCUCCCCAGCCUGCCUCAGUACAUGAUUGCCCUCCUGAAGAUACUGCUGGCUGCAGCUCCCACCUCAAAAGCCAAAACAGACUCAAUCAAUAUCCUAGCAGAUGUCCUACCUGAAGAGAUGCCCACCACAGUGUUGCAGAGCAUGAAGUUGGGAGUGGAUGUGAACCGUCACAAAGAGGUCAUCGUUAAGGCCAUUUCUGCUGUGCUGCUGCUGCUGCUCAAGCACUUUAAGUUGAACCACAUCUACCAGUUUGAAUACAUGGCUCAGCACCUAGUGUUUGCCAACUGCAUCCCUUUGAUUCUAAAGUUCUUCAAUCAAAACAUCAUGUCCUAUAUCACUGCCAAGAACAGUAUCUCUGUUCUGGAUUACCCGAACUGUGUGGUGAAUGAGCUUCCAGAGCUGACUGCGGAGAGCCUGGAAGCAGGUGACAACAACCAGUUUUGCUGGAGGAACCUCUUUUCUUGUAUCAAUCUGCUUCGGAUCUUGAACAAGCUGACAAAAUGGAAGCAUUCAAGGACAAUGAUGCUCGUGGUGUUCAAGUCAGCACCCAUCUUGAAGCGGGCCCUGAAAGUGAAACAAGCCAUGAUGCAGCUCUAUGUGUUGAAGCUGCUCAAGGUGCAGACCAAGUACUUGGGGCGGCAGUGGCGCAAGAGCAACAUGAAGACUAUGUCUGCCAUCUACCAGAAAGUGCGGCACCGGCUGAAUGAUGACUGGGCAUAUGGCAAUGAUCUUGAUGCUCGGCCUUGGGACUUCCAGGCAGAGGAAUGUGCCCUCCGUGCCAACAUUGAACGCUUCAAUGCCCGGCGCUAUGACCGGGUCCACAGCAACCCCGACUUCCUGCCAGUAGACAACUGCUUGCAGAGUGUCCUGGGCCAACGGGUCGAUCUUCCAGAGGAUUUCCAGAUGAACUAUGACCUCUGGUUAGAAAGGGAGGUCUUCUCUAAGCCCAUUUCUUGGGAAGAGCUGCUGCAGUGAGGCUGCUAGGCGGGAAACAAAGGGGUGAUCGCAUACCUGAAGGACUGUCCUGGUGAUUGCUGCAGUGUUCCCAUACCCCUCCAGGUGGCAGCACAACCCCACGGUGUCCUCCACAGCCAGCCCUGGGCCUGUGGGUGAGCCCAGGUUGGCCUCUGGUUUCCAGUGCCCUACUCAGGAGCAGUCAUCUCUCUGCUCAGGAUCUACUCUUCUUCACUCCUCCCCAACUCUCAUCCUCCUCUGUUGGACAUGGCUCAUUUCACAGUCAACCCAAGGCUGGGAAAAGCUGGGCUGAGCUGGGCACCUCUGCUCAUCACAUCUGAAUUUCAGGGUCACAGUGACGUUUUCUGCGAUACCCAGCCUUGGCAUAUCAGCUUGCCAAGAAAGAGGGCUUAGAAUUAGGGCCAAGACUAGCAAGUUGGCAUCUUGGUUGUACUUUGGGGGUUACUGAUAUCAUUCCAGCUUCCUGCUAAGUUUCGUCCUGAAGCAACAGUAAUGGCUACUGCAGCUGUUGCAGCUCUUUGGUUUUGGACAAGGUCAAGAUGGAAGAGAGGCUUCCCUUAACCAGGGGUACUAGUUUCCUCUGAAUUGCAAGGGCCUGUAAAUAUCUUACAUAAUUCUGUGUGUGUUCUCUUGUGUCUUGUUGGGAAUUUUAUGUGUUUGUGUAUUCUGUUUACAUUAAAAGGGAGCAAAAACAA